CAGCAGGGAUCGGCGGCGCGUUUCGGUUAUUGCCUAUCAAAAGCGUGCGCUACACUUCCGACGCCACCAAGCGCUGUGAAACAGAUAGGCGAAGAUGCUUAUUGAAAUAGGAUUGGCGGUGACAGCUGUGAAUGCCGCGUCCGACGACCCCGGAGAAGAUUUGCUGAUAGAACAACUAGAAAACAAAGUUCAGCAGGAGCUGGAUAGCCUCAAGAGCAAGAUUAAACAGAUGGAAGAAGAGAUGGUUGUCUUCUGUGACCUGGACAAACUAAAAAGCUCUUCAGAGAUAAAGAAGCAAGAGCUGUUGGCAGAGAAAGAAGCAUUGCUGAUAAAGAAGGGGCCAACCAGAAAGGUGGUCGAAGAACUGCAAGCCCAGUAUGACGAAGCAAGAGCUGCACUGAAUGAAGAAGAAGGCUACACACGCUUAGUGAACCUGGAACGCCGCUGGCAGCACCAUGAGCAGAAUAACUUUGCUGCGCAAGAGUAUGUCGAAGCCAAACUGGCUGAGUACAACUACCACCCCAUCAAGCAGGAUGUGCAGGCACUGCUGGAAGCCUACAAUACUGCCUUGCAGGAAAGCCUUGGAAAGGCAUCCUAUGGCUGAAUAACUGUCCAGCAUGCCAUUAGGUUCAUGAUGUAUCAGCGCAAUAGACACAGAUAGAAAAGAAUGAACAAACGCAAGCACUGUCCAACUCACCCAGUUUUCUUUUAUUGUGCAUUUGCUAUUGCUUGCUCGAUAGCAAAAUUUAAAAUCACUUCUAAAUUGUGAAAUGCUGAAUAGCUGCAGAAAAAAAUAAAAUAAAGUGCUUAAGCUAA